AUGCAUGAAGAGGAACCAGCAGCUACUGAUUACUCUACAUCCUCUUCCUCCUGUGCUUUAGUGGGAGACACAGCACAAGAAGAGCCUGGGCGUGUGACACCAAGCAGUCCUCAGAUUCCUCGUGGUGUCUGCUCUCCUCCAAUUGCCAUGGCUUCCAGUGAAAGCAGUCAGUGCCAUGCGGGCUCCAGCACUGAAGAAGAGGAGGGUGCAGGUCUGUCCCAGGACAAGGAUGCACGUCAGAUGAGGAUCGAUGCAUUCAGAAAAGAUAAGUUAGAUAAGAUUGUGCUACUUCUGCUUCAGAAGUAUCAAAGGAAGGAGCAGAUCACCAUGGAAGAAGUGGUGCACAUGGUGGACCACGAUUCCCCUGAUGACUUCCCCGUGAUCUUUAGGGAAAUCUGUGAGUGCAUGCGUCUGGAUUUUGGCAUUAUUUUAAAGGAAGUGGAUUCCAGGGCCCACGCAUAUGAGCUUGUCUCUACCCUGGGCCUCACUUAUACUGGGAUACUGGAUGACACUGACCAAAUUAUUCCUAAAGCUGACCUCUUGAUACUCAUCUUGAGUUUGAUCUUCCUAAGGGGCAACCACGUUAGUGAAGAACACCUUAAAGAUACUCUGAGUCAUAAGAAGAUAUUAGCUGAGAGACCAUGCAUUGCUGUUGAGGAUGCCUGGAAAUUCAUCAGAGAGGAUUUGGUUAGGGCAGAGUACCUGGUGUACCAGCAAGUUCCCAACAGUGAUCCUGAUCAGUAUGAGUUCCUGUGGGGUCCGAGGGCACUUGCUGAAACCACCAAGAUGAAAGUACUAGAGCAUGCCAUCAUGCUUGAUGAGGAAGCCCCCAGGGCUUGUCCAUACAGAAGCAGCAGCCAUUGA